AUGAGCGAUUGGAUGACUUCGACAACUAACUGGGAACGAAAUACCAUGUUGAAAAUCGCGAGACAUAGCAGAAACUUAUCUCUUAGAUGUUGUAUGUCCGCAAUAUGCUUGGUGACAUUUUCACUUUCUUUUCAUCUGUUGAGGUUUUUUAAAAAUAUACACCAGCCUCGACGGAACCUAGUCUAUCGAUUAGAAGCUAUUCAAAACAGUCCGAAUUACGAAAUCAUCUAUAUUAUUCAACUUUUCGGCGGUGCAUAUUCAGUCUUCGGUAACUACAUGAUCGAUAGUUUUGUCUCGGUACUUGUGCUGCACAUAUGCUCGCAACUCAUAAAUUUGCGGAUGACGAUAAACAAUUUGGUAAAUGAAUUAGCUAAUAGCUCUACAUUUUCUUCAAAAAGAGACAGAUUUAGGAAAAGUUUAGCUGCAAUUGUUAUACGACAUGAGCAUCUUAUCAGCUUAUAUGUAUAUUGCUACUCAGCUGAAAAACUUAUGACAGAGAGCACUAAUAUGGCGUACGGAGUAUAUGAGUGUAAAUGGUAUGGUUUACCAUCGAAACACGCAAAAGAUUUAAUGUUGAUUGUACAUCGAUCCACGAUUCCUUUGAAAUUGACAGCUGGAAAAUUCGGGAUAUUUUCUUUACAGAUGUUUGGAAUAGUAAGAUAUAUUUAUAUAUAA